CGUCUUUCGCCAGUUCUACACUACGGAUGAAAUGAAUCUGGGAAAAAGGCUUUAACCUGAAGACUACCGGCUUUAUCGAUUAUUUUCCAAGUUUUUAAAGAAAUCCUUGCACAGAAACCAUGAUUUUUGUGAAGUUCGUGUGUGCCGUGGUCACCAGAUUCUUUUUCAUCCUUCUCUCUCUCAUCGGAGUUUGGAGAGUGACUGAAGUGAAACAAAAUAAGUUGUAUUGGUUACUGACCAUCCUAUACCUGCCCCUCGUCGCUGAGAUGAUUUACACUCUGAAAAGAAGAAAAGGGAAAGAUUACAAAUGGUUUUCUCCAGCUAUCUUGCUGUUCCUUGUCAGUAUAAUACCAUCCAUCUGGAUUUUGGAACUGCACACCCAUCAAAAUAAAGUUAUAGAUCAAAAGUGUAAAAAAUUGGAUUCAUAUGAGAGCAUCAAGGAUAUUGUACCCAUUGGGAGCCGUGGAAAUUUAACAUUUCAGAACUCUACCCAGUUGUCUAAUCUGUGCGAUGAUGCCUGGACACUGGCGCUCCACCAAAUCCUGCUCAUUCUAUUGAUCAUAGGGAAGUGGCUGCUCCCGAUUGGAGCAGGCAUCACCCGGGAUGAGCUCUCACAGCUCCUGCUCAUCUUUGUCGGCAUAGCAGCGGACAUCCUCGAAUUCACUAGUGAAACUCUCUCGGACGUCAAGGACAACAACAAUUUGGUCUAUGCGAUUCUUGCAGUGUGGACAUGGAGUAUGCUACAAUUUCCUCUUCAUCUUGCAGUCUUGACAUCAAGGCCUGAGGACACUACUGAAGGGCAACCAGACUCCCUCCUGCAAAGGCACAGGACUGACAUUUGGUGCAUCGUGGAGAGCCUCUUCAUUCACGACGGCCCCUUCCUCGUGGUACGCCUGGUGGUGAUGACGUACUACAAAGUCAUCAAUCAGAUGCUGGCCUUCUUCGCCAUUAAAAACUUGCUGGUGGUAUCAUUACAGGUAUACCGCCUUCUAGUCAUCUAUCAAGACUACAGAUCUUCUGUGUACGGUCUGUAAAGGGAACCUUUGUUCGGGCUUGUAUGCAAAUCACAUUUUAACAAUACUCAAGUGUAGAGCAAGUUCAGUAUUACAAAUUAAGAUAUCCUCAUGAGCAUUAAUUAAGUACACAAAAAGAGGACUUAUUGACACAUUAACAGUGAUACUUCAUUAUUUACUGUUGACUCAUCUUAAUAGAAUUGUGAAGUUAUAUUGUAUAGCUUAAGACUGUUGUGGGGAGUGUUGAAAUUACAUGAUAUGUAGCCAAGACAGCUGUACUUUGUACAUAUCACUGUGAUUCAUCUAGUUAUAGUACGGCAAGAAAAAACAGUUCCAGGCUUAUAUUAAAUCUGAAGGUAGUGUGCCAUAACAGCUAUCCUUUAUAAUGCCUAGAAAUGGUGUUGCAAUUCAAGCCUGCUCUUCGUAUGUGUGCUGCAGAAGUCGAUAAUUCUACUUUAAAUCAACAUCAGGUUUUAAUUCACUGUACAGGCACUUGGCAGCUCUUCCAGAAUGAACUACACAGAGUACUCACUAUAUAAUCACAUCAAAUACUUUAUGUACUGUAAAGACACUACAGCAGAAGUGCACGACUCAAGUCCUGGAGGGCCACAAAGCUUCAUCAUUUUCAUUCCACAUGAGCCCUUAAUAACCUACCAUGAACUCAUUAUAAGUUGAAGCCAUUCCUUGGUCUUGAGAAGCUGGAGAUUAAAAGAGGCCUAUAAAAGGUGCUGGACAGCGGCCCUUGAGGACCGGAGUUGGGCCCGACUGCCAAUUAAACAUGGGUCAGUUAUUAAUUGUUGACAUGUUUGAUCUAAAUUCACUGGAACUGGUCACUGUGAUGUUGGUUAAUAGGUAUUUAUUAGGCAUCUGUUCCUCACAUAAUAAUGCCUCAUUAAUAUGAAAUCAGUUGAUAACUACUGUUGACCCUUGUCCAAUGUGGGGGUUAUGUUUCUCCAAAGCAACUCAUUAACAAAUUCACAUUAGAGAAACUUAAUACCUAAUGUGAUAAAUAGGGAUAUGUGAACAAAGUUACUCUUUAAUACCUUUAAUACCUACAUUUUAUAUAGCAAAAUACUCCACACAAAUAAAUUGUCCUGCCUAUACUUAACUGUUCAUGAAAAUAAUUUUAAAAUAUAGUACUGUAGCGCUCUUGGGUUCAUGUGGAUAUGUGCCCUCGCCACUGCCGCCUCAGGUCGGCCCCCCCACCAAUGGGGACUCGAACCCAGACCUCUGGCGUCACUCAACAGCUGCAGU